AUGAAGCACUUAGCGGCCUACCUCCUCCUCGGCCUUGCCGGCAACGCCUCCCCUUCUGCCAAGGACAUCACCGCCGUCCUUGAGUCUGUCGGUAUCGAUGCCGAUGAGGAGCGUCUCGAGAAGCUCAUCUCCGAGCUCGAGGGCAAGGACAUCUCAGAGUUGAUUGCUGAGGGUUCUACCAAGCUCGCCUCCGUCCCCAGCGGUGGUGCUGGUGGUGCUCCUGCUGCUGGUGGUGCCGCCGCCGGUGGUGCCGCUGCUGCCGAGGAGAAGGCCGAAGAGAAGGAGGAGGAGAAGGAAGAGUCCGACGAGGACAUGGGAUUCGGUCUUUUCGACUAA